AGAGGAUUUAUAGACGGUGAUUGGGCUGCUGGAAGCUGGGAGGGCUGAGGGGGCUGGAGGGAGUCAGAGAAAAAGGUGACCUAAUGCAACUGUGGCAACGUCAGCGCUUGAGGCUUGAAGAGGGAGACAAGCUAAAAGAGGAUAUCCAGUUGUUUCAUGAUGGCAUUUGCACCUCCGAAAAAUACAGAUGGUCCCAAAAUGCAGACAAAGAUGAGCACCUGGACACCCUUAAACCAUCAGCUCUUGAAUGACCGGGUAUUUGAAGAAAGAAGAGCCCUGCUUGGAAAAUGGUUUGACAAGUGGACAGACUCUCAAAGAAGAAGAAUCCUCACGGGCCUGUUGGAGCGCUGCUCGCUGUCCCAGCAAAAGUUCUGCUGUCGAACACUUCAGGAGAAAAUUCCAGCAGAAGCCCUGGACUUUACGACCAAGCUUCCAAGGGUGUUAUCUUUAUACAUCUUUUCUUUCCUGGACCCCCGGAGCCUUUGUCGCUGUGCACAGGUGUGCUGGCACUGGAAGAACCUAGCUGAGCUGGACCAGCUCUGGAUGCUGAAAUGUUUACGGUUCAACUGGUGCAUCAAUUUCUCUCCAACUCCCUUUGAGCAGGGGAUCUGGAAGAAGCACUAUAUCCAAAUGGUGAAAGGACUUCACGUUACCAAGCCUAAGACACCCCCAAAGGAUGGAUUUGUAAUUGCUGAUGUUCAACUAAUUACAAGCAAUUCUCCAGAGGAAAAGCAAUCCCCUUUGUCAGCUUUUCGGUCCUCUUCCUCUUUAAGAAAGAAGAAUAACCCAGGGGAGAAAGCACUUCCACCAUGGCGAUCUUCUGAUAAGCAUCCAACUGAUAUCAUCCGUUUUAAUUACCUAGACAACUGUGACCCCAUGGAGACUGUCUGGCAAGGAAGAAGAAAGAGAAACGAAAUGACCGCAGAUUUCAGCCGACAGUCAUAUGAUAAGAAAAAUAAAUUGCAGGACAGAACUAGGCUAAGAAAAGCACAAUCGAUGAUGUCGAGGAGAAAUCCCUUCCCACUAUGUCCCUAAGUUCCAGCUCUCCAUCUCACCUGGCCUCCCCCUGAGUCAGUGGGACUCCCAGCCACUGCCACCGCAGCUGAAAUUCUCAUGCAGCAUCUUCAGAAGCACCCUGGGGCCCAGGCAUGACUCAUCCAGGUUCCAGGGCCAAAGCACCCUGAACAUGGAAGGACCUUUAUUAUAGAAACGACAAGAAGCUUUGCACGGUGGAGAGCUGAAUUUACUUGGCUCCUCUUAGAAAGUCUUUCCGCUUAAGUACUUUCUGUGGUAGUGAGUCCUGCAGUAUUUCGGUAAAGAGGAAUUCAUGGCA